AUGCGCCUUACGACGCUGCUACUUGCAGCUUCAUCGCUCGUCGGCGCCGUCUUCGUCGAUGAGGUUGGCGAUAUCGAUUACCACCACGAACUCAUCGGCGUCCCCCAGGUCGAAACCACUCUGUUCCACAAGCCCCGGCGCGACGAUAAGGCUUCUCUGCUCUAUACCCUCAGCGAUGUCGGCGUGCUCGGUGCUGUCAACCCUAGUAAUGGCGCUGUCGUUUGGCGCCAAUUCCUGACGGGAGAUAUUACCUAUGGUGGCGGACACUUGCGCGCGGCCGAGGGCGAGGACUGGGUUGUAUCAGCUUACGGCAACUCGGUGCAUGCCUGGAACGCCUUGUCGGGAAGGAACGCUUGGUGGAUCGAUUUUGAGGGUGAGAUCCGUGAUCUCGAGGUGAUGGAGCUGACGGAGAACGGUCGCAAGGAUGUUCUGGCGCUCUUUGAGGACGCCGACGGCACUACUGUCCUGAGAAGGAUCAACGGGGGCGACGGCAGCCUGGUUUGGGAGUUCAAGGACCCGAGCAACACCACCCCGCUACAGGUUUCCAACAACAUCGAGAACAUCUUUGUCGUCAGCCUCUACGGUGCCCAAGGCAUGUGGGGUGUGCGCGUGUCUGUCCACGACACUCUCACUGGCAAGCGCAUCGACGACAUCAACCUCGGCAGCAAGGGCGACGUUGCAGACAAGAAGGACGUCAUGUUUGUCGGCGCCAACUCGGCAUCCCCCAUUGUCGCCUGGCUCGACAGCGAACAUACGAAGCUCAAGGUCAACGUUUUGGGCACAAAGUCAAAGCAGGAAUUCCCUCUGCCGUUCGCCAAGACGCUGGACGUCGCCAUCCAUGCCCCGCAUCACCUCAACGCCGAGCCGCACUUCCUGGUCCAUAGCAGAUCCGCCGACAGCCACAAGGGCGAGGUGUACCACGUCAACAUCAAGAACAACGCAGUCGCCAAGCACCACGAGCUUCCCGUGCUUCCGGGCCUGGGCGCCUUCUCGACUAGCUCGGAUGGCGCCAACGUUUGGUUCACUCGCAUCACCCAGGAGGAAGUCAUUCUGACGGCUUCGAGCUCCCACGCCGUCCUCGGAAAGUGGGCCUUCAAGGAAGGCUCAGAAAGCGUCACCGCAAUCCACGCCGUUUCCGAGGUCAUCAAGAAGGCCGCCGACAAUUUUGCCGUUCGCUGUGCCGCAGUCACCACCUUGGACGACUGGGUCCUUGUCCGCAACGGAGAGCAGGCCUGGAUCCGUCCCGAGGGCCUCACCGGCGGUGUUGCCGCUGCCUUCGCCGAGAUCCCCGAGAGCGAGGAUCUGGCCAAGACCCUCGAGGCCGAGGCCCACGACAACGUCGUGUCCGCCUACAUUCACCGUCUCAAGCGUCACUUUGAUGACCUCGCUUACCUGCCGGACUACCUCGCCUCGAUCCCCCAACGUCUGGUCAGCAGCAUCACGGGAGCUGAACUGUCUUCCAAGACGGAAGGUCUCGCCCGCGAUGCCUUUGGUUUCAACAAGAUUGCCGUUCUGGUCACCCGGCGUGGCAAGCUCUUUGGCCUUGACGUUGGCAAGCACGGAAAGGUCAUCUGGAAGCUUCACGCUGCUCAGAUCCCCUCAUGGGAUGCAUGGGAUGUCCAGGGCAUCUUUGUCGAGGAUGCAAAGACCCAAGUCACUGUGCGAGGCUACUUCGGAGAGUAUGUCGUUGCCAAAACCGACACGGGAAAGCUGGUUGAUUCCAUGCCCCAAGGCUCCUGGGUCCAAACGCAAUCUGCCGUUGUCGUUGAUAGCGCAUCCGGCCAGUGGCUUGCCCCUGUCGGGUACGGCGGCGCCAUCGGCGAUGUUCCUGCCGAAUGGGCGCCGACGCAGACCGUUGUCGUUCGCGGCCUGAAGGGCGAACUCAAGGGCCUCACCUUCAUCAUCGAGGAUGGCACCGGAAAGGAACAGGUCGCUUGGGAGUUUUCUCCCCCUACUGGAUACGAAAUCGUCAACGUCGCAACACGGCCCGCCCACGACCCGAUUGCGUCCAUCGGCCGCGUUCUCGGUGACAGAAGGGUCAAGUACAAGUACUUGAACCCCAACACCAUCGUCGUCUCUGCGUACAAUGCCGCCGAGACGACCCUCAACGUCUACGUUGUUGACUCGGUCUCGGGCCUGGUUCUUCACACCGCCACUCACGAGGGGGUUGAUGGCACCAAGAAUGUCGAGUGCACACUGGCCGAGAACUGGUUCGCGUGCACAUUCUUUGGCGAGUACGCCCUCAAGGACGAUGCGGGUCAGCCUCUUUCCGGCCAAACCCUCAAGGGUUACCAAAUCGUCGUUUCCGACCUGUACGAGAGCGACUACCCCGACGACCGAGGCCCGCUGGGGGAUGCUGCAAACUUCUCGUCAACCGAGCCCAUUGAUACCCCCACUGCCCCCCCCCUCCCGUCGGUGAUCAGCCAAGCUUGGAUUCUCUCUGCUCCCAUUGCUGCUCUGGCCGUCACCCAGACACGCCAGGGCAUCACCAGCCGUCACGUGCUCGGCUAUCUGCCCCAGUCCCACGCCAUUGCCGGGCUUCCGCGCCAGCUGCUCGAGCCGCGCCGGCCUGUGGGGCGCGACCCGACACCCGCCGAGAUGGAAGCCGAAGGCCUGGUCAGGUACCACCCGGCCCUGGAGAUCGACCCUAGACAGGUCAUCACCCACCAGCGCGACGUCAUCGGUGUCAAGAAGAUGGUCACCUCGCCCACCAUCGUGGAGAGCACCAGCUUGGUCUUGGCGUAUGGUGUCGAUGUGUUUGGCAGCCGCGUCGCCCCCAGCUUCACCUUUGACAUCCUCGGCAAAGGCUUCAACAAGAUUAGCCUCAUCUCGACCGUGCUCGCGCUCACUGCCGGUGUUGCGGUGCUGGGUCCCAUUGUGCGCAAGAAGCAGACAAACAUGCGUUGGGCGUAG